GAGCACGCUCGUCUUCCUCGAGAACGGCAUCGACGUGCGCGAGGCUCAGGUGCCGAUGCGAUGAUGCGCCGUGCGCCACUGCAGUGCCAGAUCUACGUCGACCAGCUGUUCGCGACGGUCGAGUCCUGCUACGUGCUGACCGACCUCGUGGCCUGCACUGAAGUCGUCGAGGUGCUUGUCGUGAGCCGCUGUAUGCUGCGCACGUGCGCGACGCUGCGCAGUUUCGCAGCGUCGUUCGUCGUCGUCGCCAGUCGGAGCGCGACGCUCGAGACGUUCGAGAAGUACAAUUUCAAAGUGAAUGCACUAGACUUUGCUGACUUCUCCAUAGCGCUGGGUGAAUCGGACAGUGGCCUGGAACGUGUGGCUGCUUUUGCAGCUCAGCGCGAGAUUCUCUUGAAUUUCAGUGUAUAUUAAACCGAUAAUCGUCUUCAGCUACU